UUGAUGAUAUAAAAUCAACCUCGAGACUAUCAACCUUGACCAAAGUAGUAAAUAGGGCGAAUAUUUAAAUUUAUUAUUCCAAGUGUAACCGAAAUGGAACAUGUUUUAUAAUUGCAAGGGUCUUGCACAAUUGCACUUUCACAAAAUGCAAACGUCAUCUGUUGAUAGGGGCAUCCAUUGGCAAACAGCGUGAUCCGUGCGUGACUGUUUCGUGAUUAGUUCGCUAAAUCUACAAGCAAAUAAAAACAACAAAAGGUCCUGGUGUUAUAAUUAUCAGAUCACAUCAUUUCCGUUUGUUCUUUGAUCUCAGAGAGAGAAAAGUAAACUUUUAUUUCUCACAUGCUGAUAAAUAUGUAUUAGCGCAGCAACAUAAACAUUGGAAUACGAAAAUUACACAGUCGUCAUGCAAAUGAAUAAUGCUGGAUAGUCCAAUCAAAUCGCUCGUGAUAAUGAUGUUUUUCAGUUUUUCUAUAUUUUUAGCUUAUAUGGGAUCUAAUGCCGGCGGCUGUCGGAGAUUAGAUUACAAAUUCUAAAAGAUGUGCCACACCAAAACACACAUUUCCUUGACGACUAGGCACUUUCUAGACAUCUUCUUACUUGCUGACCUUGUGCCUAUCAAAUUUAAGGGCUGAAAAUGAAAUACAGGAGCACUAGAUCUUCAAGUGGUACCAGUGAUCUCUAUUCAUUUGAAGAAGUGUUAUUCUCACCAGGUUAUGCCAAAGAUGGAGGACUCUAUGUGUGUGAUCAUAUUCCAACAAUAACAAAAAAUGAAUUUCAAUCUUGGAAAGACUUGAAAUACCCGGGCAUUGUUCAAAAAAUCCUUAGACUGUUCACUUCAGAAGAUGAGCUUACAGAUAGAGAAAUUGAAGGAGUCGUUGCCUCAGCGUACAAAGAUUUCGAAUAUCCCGAGAAGGUUGUACACCUUGAAAAGUUAGAUGACAAAAUGUGUAUUGCAGAGCUCUUUCAAGGACCCACCUUGGCAUUUAAAGAUUUAUCUCUAGCUGUACUUGCCAAACUUUUGGAAAUUUUCUUGAAGAAAAAGGGCCAAGACAAACGGGUUAAAAUUUUGGUAGGAACGUCUGGCGAUACAGGUCCCGCUGCCGCUCACAGUGUCGCCAACCUAGAAAGAGUAGACUUGGUUCUACUAUAUCCAUUAAAUCGGGUAUCGAAAAUCCAAGAGCUUCAAAUGCUGACUGUCAAAGCGCCAAACGUACACAUUUGUUCGGUUGAGGGGAGUUCGGACGAUCUGGACCAACCCAUCAAAGAAUGUUUCCAAGACCAACACUUUUCAGCGGCCAACAGUCUGGGCUCUUUCAACAGCAUACAAUGGGGCCGAGUUCUCCUUCAAGCCGCUCACUAUGUUUACAUUUACCUUCAGUGCUGUCCCAACAUUGGCGAUGAGAUUUGCAUCGUAGUGCCAACUGGAGCGGCUGGGAAUUUGGCCGCUGGAUUCCUUGCUCGUGAAAUGGGUUUUCCAAUCAAGCUGGUUGCUACGGUGAAUUCAAAUGAUAUUUUAGCACGGACAUUUCAAAAUGGAGAUUAUAGUCCGGCGCCCGACGUGGCCGCUUCCUUAGCACCAGCGAUGGAUAUUCAAGCGCCUUACAAUAUUGAAAGGGUGUUGUAUUUUGCAACUCACGGCGAUGCGCUGGCCGUACGAAAUGUCAUGGAGGAUUUUGAACAAAGCGGAAAGGUGACACUUUCAGCGGAGAUUGUGAGCGCAAUCCAGGAAGUUAUAGUAGAGUCUGUGUCCGUGAGUGAUAGCGACAUCGUUCAGGCCAUGCAACUUUGCCAUAGCAAAUAUAAUUAUGUUAUUUGUCCCCACACUGCAACGGCAGUCUCCUACUGUUUCAAUGUAAAGCAGCGGGGAAAACAGGUAUUCGUUUGUCUAGCUACGGCAUCACCGGCGAAAUUCCCCGAGGCCUGUGAAGCGGCAGGAUUGGACAAGUCGACACACCAUAGAGUGGAGAGAUUAAAACUGGAUACCGAAAUUUGUACACCCCGACACGUCUUCCUAAAGGGCCACGAUUGGACAAGUCAAUUAAAAGAUAUCAUCCUCAAGAUUUAGUGGGCAAAAACACCGUUGAAUAUCGUCACAAACAAAUUUGAAUAUUUACCUGAGAUUCACUCAGUGUUGGUGUAGAAUAGCGUAGUCAGGUGAACCUAACACAUAUGUAAGACUUUGAAACAAGAAAACAGCUAAUACUAUUACUUAAUACAAAAAUAGGAACCAAGAGA